AUGGGCUGCACUCCAAGGAUCACAAAACAAGGAGGAUUUUCCAGCUUCGAGGGCAGACUGAAACGUGCGUUCUCUUCGUCGAGCUCGGCAUUUAAUGAGUCGCACAGCUCAGCCAGUUCCAUUACGGGAGACACCACAGAAGACGAGACGCAUCCUGAGAACGUGGAGUCUCUGCAAAGGGACGGAAAAGCAGGCGUUAAACGGCGACGUACUUCAGAUGAAGGUGUUAGCCUGCAUAGCGAUCCCGAAAGAAUAGAGAUCGCCGACCUGCCCGAUGAACUUGAGAUCCGUGGCACGAUGGUCCUGGAAUGCCUCGCAGAUCUAGACACCCGCGUAAAUCGCAUUCAACACUCGAUGAGUGAUCAAACAGAUCUGGAUGAAAUAGUUGACCUCGAGAACGUCAUCGUCCGGCUGUCCGCCAUUGAGUCGACCAUGCGGAGGAUGACAGAAGGAAGCAGAGAGAGCUAG